AUGAACCUCGACCCCAUAUGGGCCGACUUCUCGGCCGUCGCCCAGCGAUACGGCGCGUUCAGAGAAGACCUUAGACGACAACUGCGGCGUCAUACCAUCGACGUUGUCACGGACAUGACCCGCAAUCCUGGUGCCAGGAAAUCCCCUCGGUCCCCUCCACGCGCAUCGUCCGCUCCCCAAAUGGGACGCUCGAGAGCAUACGCCCUGAACCCGGGACUGCGAAGACGUACGACUGCUCAGGAGUGUUUCAGCGGUAAAUCAAUACAAGAAGAGCCCGAUUCGCUGGACGCCAAUGGAACCCCAUCCUGCUUGGACGGCGUGAGGGUGGCCGGCGCUUCGCUGUGGAAGGCUCUCGCUGGCCGCUCGACGGCGGCUCAGAGCGGAGGAUCCAACGCCGCUGCCGGCACCAGCGGUUCAAUUGGCACGUACCACGCGACCCACCGCGACUCCCUCUUCGCUUCCUCUCGCUUACAUGCAAUUUCCGCUGCGCAGCUGCCCUCCAAGCUCCCCACCAAGCUCCCGGAGAUGUUCACCAUGGGCGCCCCGACGGAUCAGAACGGAGAUCGACCAAGUGCUCGAGACCAUCAAGCUCGCCGAAGAAGAGCUAGCGAGGCAGCCGCAGCUCGCCAAGGCGUUUUUUCCGCGAUCUCGCAGAAGCUUUUGGCAGAAAUAAACGGCACGCUUGCCGCGCUGCAGGCCCCGAGUGAUAUGAAAACACCGGCCGACCAGCUCAGGAUCACUCAGGCGAACCAUCGAGUGGUGUCGUCGGUGGAGAGCUGGCAGGCCGUGACCGCUGCGCUCGACAGGUAUGCGAGGUGCGCAAAGUGA